CAAUAAGAAUCCAAUGCUAAAAAAAUAAUUAAUCAGAUUCUAUUUCUGGGUGUUGCAAGAAAUGGUUAAUGAAGUAUCAAGCUUUGUCGUUUUUUGAUUAUUGGUAUCCUGAUUUGUACCGUAAGGAUUAGUAUUGUUUUCUUCCAUUGUUGAGUUUAUUACCCAAUUGCUUACGCGUAGAGCUGGACUUAAUUAGCAGGGCCAUUUGUCUCUGAUACAAAAAAAUUGACCCUCUCCUAUAAAAACAAAAAGAGAAGAUUUUGCAGUUCAUAACAAGCAUAUCUGACACAACCCCAAAAACUGAAGGGGAGUUAGAAUCUGAAAACAGAAUCAAACAAGCUACCAGAGAAAAUUCUGUCAAACUUCUUCGAUGAAUACUAUAAUGUGAAUGACCAACUGGGUCUUCCUUAUUUUCCUGAAAAGUUCAAGCAGGUGUCGGGAGUGACCAGAACUAAAAGGGGGAUUGGAUUGGAUUGUUUUGGUUUGGUUUGGUUUGCUUACCUGUGUGAUCUGGUGAUAUGGAUGAUUUUCCAAAAGUUAUGUAUGGGUGGAGCUGGGAAGAAAACAAGCUGUUUGAGAUGGCUUUGGCUGUGGUUGAUGAAGAAGACCCAGAUAGAUGGAAGGUGGUUGCAGCCAUGGUUGGUGGGAAGAAGAGUGAAGAGGAUGUGCAGAAACAUUAUGUGAUCCUUUUAGAGGACUUGCAGGGUAUAGAGUCCGGUAAAUUGGAUCAUAAACUUGUCGGAGAAGCUCAGCCUUGUGUUCAAGUUGACUGCACUGAAUCUGUAUGUUGGACUGAUGAAGAUCACAAGGUCUGAAGUCAGUAAAAUGCAUUCUACUCACCGGAUAAGAGUAAUCUUACUACCGGACAUUCGAUAAAAUUUCUUGCUGUUAGGAGGCGCCUGAUUAUUAUCUUGGGAUUUCUAAUUCAUUUUCUAUUCAGAAUUUCAUUUUUAAUCGGUUGGUCAACCAUGUGAAUCCAAUAUUGCUAGUCUGAUCAAUAAGGGGCGGAUUACAGAGAAAAUGUUGUGGUCAUUCCACUGCUUUCUACCAAGGGUUCUUUGGUCAGCAAACUCCUCCAGAAAAAUGCAUCAGGUUCUUGCUUUUUGUUGUCUGAAGGAAGUGAUUUCAGGUUGAUGCAUUUUUAUUCCCGGUCUCAUGGAAAAGAUAAUACAGUUCAUUUUUGUGGAGGGUUCUCAAAUGUAAUCCACCGUUCCUCACUCAUCGUCUGGCAAGCCUUGAGGAAACUAGGUCUAAAACCCCUUGUAAUAAAGAAAUUAAGCAUAGAAAGCACAAGGGAAAUCAACAUCUAUGUCUCGAUAGAUUGAUCAUUUUAGCUUCAAUUAGUUGUAUGUUAUGUAGCGGUGACUGGAGCCUGCUAUCAUGGUUUAUUUUAUGUCUUUAUUCCUGGACAUGUCAAAAAUUCUCCUUACCAGUAGCUUUUUGAGCUCCAGAGAAGAUUUUUGUUCCUUUGGAAUUUGGGUUAAAUGUCAUAUUUCUUCUGUUAAA